AAAAGGCAGCAGGAAAUGAUGCUAAGAAGUUCUUCAACUCCCCUUCUUGGAUCACUCAUAUCUUCCAUAGCUGCUGACAGUCCUAACGGCAACAAUCACUACUAUGAAACCGGCAGCCCCUUCAGACACUACCCAUCAAGCUCUUUUCAUGGCCACAGUCAUCACAACAGGCUCUCAUUUCAUCCUUCUCCAGGCUCAGUCCACCUCUCUGCAGCAGUUUCUUGUGGCUCUUCCCCUAUAUCUCCCUCCGUUGUUGAUCAGUUUUCUGAUUUUGAGCUCAAAGGCUUUCGGCGAGCUCAAUCCGAAGGGAACUUAGAAGGACUUGUCCAUUCAGCUUGCGAUGGCAAUGGAGAAUUCUACCAUCGGAGCCAACCCAAGAAGCUUUCUGCAAGAAGCAAUUGCUUCAUGCUGGAAACAAUCCCUUCCUUUUCGGUUUAUAAUUCAGGGGAGAGGUGUGAGGAAGAUGACGAGAGUGAUUUCGAAGAAGAAGAAGAAGAAGAAGAAGAUGAAGAGCUAAUGGCUGUUGUCAAUGGUGGUGGCCAUGGAUUCAACUCAAUCAGUUUGGAGGAUCUGUUGUUCAAUGAGCAGGUUAAAGUUACCGAUGAAAAAGGCCUUGUGGGUCAAGAAAUGUUUCUUCCUACAGGACUUGAGACAGCCACAGAUGGCGGUAACAGAAGCGGUAUCAGUGGCGGAUAUGGUGGCAGUUGGGGCGGUGGCGGUGGUGAGUUUAACUCAGCAGGCUCAAACGGAGAUGCUGAAGUCGAGGAGUAUUACAAGAGAAUGGUGGAGGAAAAUCCAGGGAACCCUUUGUUUUGGGGGAACUACGCUCAGUUUUUGUACGAGUCGAGAGACCUCGAAGGAGCAGAAGAGUAUUACAGUCGAGCCAUUUUAGCAGACCCAAAAGACGGUGAAACUCUGUCCCAAUAUGCCAAGUUAGUGUGGGAGCUACAUCGUGAUGAAGAAAGAGCUUCAAGCUACUUCGAACGAGCAGUUCAAGCCUCGCCACAGGAUAGCCAUGUUCAUGCAGCUUAUGCUAGUUUCCUAUGGGAAACAGAGGAGGAUGGAGAUGAGUGUGCGGCGCCUAGCGAUCUCGAUGCCAUUCCCUCACUAAUUCAUCAUGGAACCUUGGCAAGCGCUUAGCCAACCUGUAAAUGUACAAUAAGGGAAC